CUCUCUUACUUUGGCCUUUACGGCUAACCGCCCAACGAAAACCCGCCACCCUCGGACAUUUUCAUAACCAGUAGGUAUCAACGAACGUCUCUCACUGAAAAAUCUGUGAACUUUGUGCUAUUUUUAUCUCUUUUUUUCUUGAUUUACCAAAGAUAGGAGAUUCACAUACAUAACCCAGAAAUCACCAGAUACAAAAUGUUCCACUCUAAAUCAAGAUCUGGGUCUUUUCGAUUUGGACAGAAGAAUCAUUCGUCAGUUCUUACCAGGACUAUUUCAUCAAAGCUUUGCAGAGACAUAUCUCAAGUUGAUACAAGGGCCCUUAUAUCCGUUGAUGAAAAGCCAUCAAAGUUUUCCAAUUUAUCCGAGGAUCGGACAGAUAGAGUCACGCAACAGCAGAUGGAUCAGCUCGAGGGGGAGCUCAGGAGAACGAAGUGGCAAUUGGGAGCGACAGAAAAAGAAAGAGAUCGAACCCUCGACGAACUUGAGGAGAUGAAAAAGGUAGCUCAUGAGGCCAACAUGAGGCUAAAUGAAGCAUUGUCCGCAAGGAAGGCCAAGGAAUUAUCUGCAGAGCUUAAAACCAUGAAGGAAUUGUUGUCUAAUUCUGAACAAGAGUUGAAACUGAAGGAAAAGAACAUCGACUCUUUGAAAGUUGAACUUGAAGAGAUGAAACAGUUUGAGCCUAAAUUGGCACAGAGAGAUGCGUUGGUUGACAGGUUGAAAGAGGAUUUGAGUAAGGCGAAAGCAUCGGAGGAUUGUGCAUUGGAUUCGUUGUCUGAAAGUGAGAAAAGAAUACAAGAACUCGAGGCUGAAAGGGAAGGAAGAAAGCUAUCAGAAUCGAAAAUGAUAAAUUUAAUGGCAGCCCAAAUGAAAAACUUAGAGCAAACAAAGAGUGAACUCAAAGAAUCCAAGCUUGAAAUUGCUUCUCUCCACGAGAAGAUUGAAAAGCUUGAGAUUUCAUGCAAGCAAAUUAGUAGAGAUCUUAAUGGCAAUAAAAAUGGUAAGGGCAUUGAUUUCAUUAGAGAAGCACUAGAAAGUCUCAAGUCUGAGCUCCAAUUUGCGAAAGAGAACCUGGCUCGAGCCCAAGAGGGCGAGAAAAUUGCCUUGGCGGAAGCCAAGACUCUGCUAGAUGAGAAAGGAUUGCUUAAAAAUGAACUGAAGUUGGCAAUCGAGGCCGAAGAAAAAAGCAAGAAGGCCAUGGAUGACCUAGCAUUGGCAUUAAAAGAAGUCGCCACAGAAGCCAAUCAAGCAAAGGAGAAACUCAGCUCCACACAAAUGGAGCUAGAACAGGUAAAAGUUGAAGCAGCACAAUUGAGGUUGAUGGAGAGAAGCACCGAGGAAAAGUACCAAAAGCUUUUGGAUGAAGCAAAGAAAGAAUCAGAAAUGCGUAGGAACACUGCAGACAGAUUGAGAUUAGAGGCUGAAGAGACACUUUUCGCAUGGAAUGGGAAAGAAGUGGGCCUUGUCAGUUGUAUAAAAAAAGCUGAAGAGGAAAGGGCCUCUGCAAUACAUGAGAAAAAUAGACUGACUGAGUCCUUAAAAUCAUCAGAGAACACGAAUUGGGCGACAAGGCAAGAGAAUUACAAACUUAGAGAUAUACUUAAGCAGGCCCUUAAUGAAUCCAAUGUUACAAAAGAGGCUGCUAGCAUUGCUAGAGCUGAAAAUUCCCACCUCAAAGAUUGUAUAGCUGAAAAGGAUGAGGCUCUUCAUUUUCUAACCCGAGAAAAUGAACGAUUAAGGAUCAAUGAAACUGCAGCAAAUGAGAAUGUUAAGGGGCUGAAACGAUUGCUUUCUACAGGAUCAACAGAGUCGAAGACAGAGGAUAAGGAACAAGGUGGGAUGUUUAAGUCGGAAAAUUCAACUUUUGAGGACAACAAACUGAAGAAAGCUUUCAGUUUCAAUAUCAGUGAACUGAAAUUACUGAAUGGACAUGAAGCUGAAGAUGGGAUUGUUGUAGAUGAGGACCCCGAAAAGGCUGAGGCCUUGAAAGGGUCAAUAUUUGAUACACCAUUUACGCCGAAGUCGGAGCCUCGGACACCAAAAUCAAAGUACCAAAAUCAUCGAAGAUCGUCUUCUGCAUUCACAGAUAGUGGAGGAAUACCAAAUUCAGAAGAUUUUGAUGAGUCAGAUGAUAGAAAUUCCAGUAGUAAGAGGAGAGCUUUGUUAAGAAGAUUUUCAGAUCUCAUGACAAUGAAGGGUUUUUACAAAAGGGAACCAUCAACUGAGUAGGCCUUUUUUACUUGUUGCCCAGACAUUUAUUAAUAUAGCUUUUGAUUGAAUGGUAAACUUUGGUCCUGUUGUAUUAUCCAAUUAAACUUGCACCCUGUGAAUUACAA